CCAAGAUCUAAAACAGGGAAGUAAAAUCCUUGUCACAAAAACGAAAGCAGGUGCUGAUUUGUGUUCCAGAAAUGUAGAGAAGUAUUUAUGAAUAUACCGAUGCAGCAUAUUCGUUUUUUCAUGAUCAGAUAACAUCACUUGCCUAAAGUACAGAUACAUAGUUUGUCUUGUGAUAAGGAUAAUGCAUAGUGGUAAAUACAAUCCUCCAAGUUCUGCAACAGGGGGACCAACAUCAAAGAAAAGUAAAACUCCGAAUGCGCCGUCACCAGCACAAUCGAAAAAAGACCCACAGCGGAACGACCAAGACGAAAUAUUGGAAUGCAUCUGUUCUCUCGGCAAGAAGAUACGUAAAGACUUUAAAAAAUCGGGGAAAAUUCAGACAAGUGUGAAAGAACUUGAAAAAGAUAUACAAAGUUUGAUAAACGAUAUUGUAAAAGAAGAAAAGAAGCAUGAUGAAACUAAAGGGCCUGUCACUAAAGACAAAACGAAAGAAAAGGAUAGUUCCAAAAAAGAUGCAACGCAAAAAACUGCAGUAAAUGAAGAAGAAACCGAUUUGUUAUCUUUAUUUAAGACGAUGAAACAUGAGAAGAUAAAACUGAAUAGUGAUUUAGUGACUGCUAGGAAAGAUUUAAAUUUAAUCUGUGAAAAAAUAUACUCAAGUGGAAAAGAUUUAGGAAUGGAGUCAGUUGAUGAAAAACCGCAUGAUGUUAAGAGUUCAAAGGAAACUAUUACUUGCUUAUUGGAAGAAAAUAGGAAAUUGAGUAAAAUUCUUAGUAUGCUAAACAGAGAAAUCGAGACCUUGGACAUGCAACAAAAAGAUGCUAGCAAAGACCAACAUAAAAAGAAUGCUAAAGUUAAAAAACAAAAGGAGGACAAAGACAUGAAUAAAUUUAAGACCAGCAAGCAAAAUGACAAACAACACUCAAAUUUAAGUGAUGAAUCGCCUUUUACCGUCUUCACAGCUUUUGAUAAUAAUGCUCCGAGAAUAAUUGAAACCCUUAAGAAUGAGUCUAUGCUACAAGAGCAAAAAAGUCAUCUUGAUAAGAUCAGACAGAUUGCUAUUGGACUUUGUAAACGAGAAGACCAAACGAAUCAGACGGUACAUUCUUUGCUAGACACAGGCAAAGCAGCGGAGAUUAUACAGAAAGAAGUUGAUAUUCUUUUACAAAUGAAAGAACAAAUGGAAAACGACAAAAAGGACCUUGGUUAUCACUUAGCUCAAGCCCAGUUUGUCAGUAAAAACAUUAAAGCGAGCAAAGAUAAAAACGGAGAAAUACGCGUUUCUGGAAGAGUUAGCGAAAAUAAGACUACAAGUAACGUAAAUACAAAUGAAAGAAAGACUAAUACCAAGGAACAACACAAGAACCCACAACAUGAGAAAAAAAUAAAUACAAGGGAACGAACAAACAUACCAGAUAAUUUACAAGGAUAUAUAUCAGAAACUGUAAAGGAAUUGGACAAAAUUCUAACUUUCAUACAAGAUGAAUUUAACAAUCUAGACCAUCAACAUGGAGUGAAGGAUAAAGCACUAAAUCAUGUUCUAAACACAACACAAAAAGCGACAUUUUACGUCAGAAACAGUAUCGAAAAUAUUGAAAUGGAAGGGAAAAGAUUUGAUGUUGAAGAUUUUGCUGAUUUGUCAUCAUUUAACGAUGACAUAUUACAACUUGUCACAAAUGUAGAGUCCUUGAAGAAAAAAUAUGACAAAAAUCUUCAAGAGAUUGGUCAAACAAAGAAACAAUUAGAGGAAACAAAAAAUGAAUGCGAGACCUUACAGCACAGGUUGAGUAAGAUGGCUGGAGCUCGAUUAACUGAUGGAAAUCCGAACAUUACAAACUUAGGGGACCCGAACAGGCCGAUGAAAAUAGGAGAAACUUAUUCAGAGUUGUAUGACAAUGAAUGGACUGAUACUAUGGAUUUGUGUAUACAAAAGUUUGGCAAAUCAUAUGGGGAAGACUCUAUUAUUCAACAUUUGUUUAAAACAAUAGUUUGUUGCCACAAAUAUUGCGAGGAAAAGUCUGCAGUCAUGUUAAAAGCCGGAAAAGAAAGUUUACUAACUGCAGUGACAACUCUAAUGAUUGUGAGCAGUGAGGCUGAGGUUAUAAAACAAGCAAUGGACAUAAGAAAAAUGGCAACAGAAUCAACGUCGGAUCAACUGUUGGAUAGUAUUCGCAAAAGUAAGAAAGAAAUAAUAGCAACUAACUUUAAGACCAUGGAUAAAAAGAUUCUUGAGACGAUCAUGUCGACAUCAUUAUUUACCAAAUGUUUUAAAUUAUGUUGGGAGAUAGUAGUUCAAGACCCUCCAAUGUUCCUUGAUGAAGGACCACAGAAAGACCACAGAAAGCUUUCGACAAGAACGUUUUUCGAGAAUAUACAAGUAGUGGAACUAAAGUGGUUUUUACAGUGUGGCCAGCAUUAUACCUACAUAAAAAUGGACCACUGUUAGUGAAAGGUGUAGUAAACGUAAAAUAAGGAUGCAUGUGGAAAAAACAUUUGAAAUGUUUUGAUAUAUUUUCUUAUAAUGAAAAUAAAUAACUUAAAGAAUAUGUUUUGCAAUGUGAUUUUUUUUAAGUUCCUAACCUAUGCACACAUCAUAAAAUCACAAAGAAGAGAAAGAAACAAAAUUCGUUGUACUAGACCGACACUUUGAGUCGGAUAUUGAGUGAGCUUGUUCACAAGUAAUUUGUUACAGAAAGACAUGUUGCCCUACUUGGACACAUUGUGUUGAUCGAGCCUACCAGUUUUGUUCUUACUGCUAAAUACCAGAACACUAGCAGAUACCAAUUACCAGUCUUCUUUUCGUCCCAGUCGUGGUUUGAACGCACGACCUUCUGAAUUCUAGGUGAGCACACUUCGAAGAAAUUAAAGAGACGGGUUGACGGUAUGACCAGUGGAACUACUUAACUAGAUAUCUGAAAUUGCAAAAGAAAAUAUUGGAAGUGGAUUCUUGGAUAUGAUUCCUCUAACUAGUUUGUUUUUGUAACAAAUGAUGAAUUAGCUGUUCUGUAAUAAUAAUUCAGGAGAGCUACAUUUGUAUGUAAGAUUUCAGCUCCUUUUGGUUGAUUAGUUCUUUUCAUUUAUAUUAUAAUUGGGUUUACUAUUUUCAAGUAUUAUUGCCUCAAGCACCACUAAAGAGACAUUCGUUGUCGAAAUGCACAUCUGGAGCAGUGAAAUUGGUGCUAUUUACAUUAUGUAAGACAAAUAUAAGUAUGUGCUUCACAUUCCAAGAAACGUAUUGACUUAAAACAGACAUUCGUUUAUUAAGCGUUGAUCUUUUACACAUACGUGUAGUAAUUUGCUACAUAUCAGAAUAUUUUUUUUAAAUAUUGCAAACAAUGCAUUCUGAUGAAUUUAGUAAUAUUGUCUAACAGUGCGUUCAAGUGAAGAAUGGUAAGAAUUAACUCACAAAAUCUGAUCCCAUUAUUUUAUACAAAUCGUGCAACAUUUUAUCGUUUUUGAGCUUUUGAUUUUGCUAUUUACUUAGGAACCUUUUGUUAAGAACUUUCCUCGGAGUUCGGUAUUUUUCCUAUUUUACUUUUUUGGAACACUCUUAGAACAUCACAAUAUUAUAUUUGGAGCUGAAGCGCUCUUCAUUGCCAUUAUUACUAUUAAACUACAGACACUGAAUAACGCUUAGUUCCAAUAGGACAGAGUGUUCACAGUUGUCAAACAAUAUCACGCUGAUUAUCCGAAAUUAGAAUAAACGCGUUGAGAAAGCAGAAUCUUGAAUAUUGUUUGUUUUUAAAAGAAUACAAAAAUCAUGUUUGCUUUUUAAAAAAAUAUACUAUUGCAAGCAGACUUGGGGUAAUUGUAAUUGAAAUCAUUAAUCAGCUGUAAUCCAUUGCAAUUUUUCAAGUAAUCAUUGUAAUCAUUAAUCAGCAAAAAAUCUGAGUACAUGUUAUUUAAUUUAUUCAAUAACUUUUCAAAAUGCUUUGUAAUCCUGAUUACUUUUUGAUUACAUGCUGAUUACAAUGUAAAAAAUUCAUUAAAUGAUGUGAACAUUUUUAAGUUGUACAGUUGUUAUAUCUGGACAAACGAAGACAACUUCAAACUUUUUAACACAUCUCAAGAUAAGGAUUAUUAUUACAAUGUGUGAUUUAUUAGAUUUAUUAUUUGUCAUUGGGGACAGUGAAAACCGUGAGUUAUUGGAUAAAUCAAAAUAUAUAUAUGCAUAAUGUUUAUACCAAAUUUAUAGGAUUCAAAAAUCUACAUUUCUGAUUAUAAUUCAGAUUAAAAGUGAAUAUGAUAAGUGGCUAAACAUCCCGUUUUUUUU